AUGAAGCAGUCAUUUGUUCUUCCCGCGGCCUUGGCUGCUAUCCUCCCUUUCGCCACAGCCGCGGAUGUCUCUUGGUGCAAGUCUGAAGGCUGCGACGAUUGCCCCUCCUCUAUCACUAGCAGUGGCCCCGGAUACCCUGAGUGUGUCGUCUAUGACACCAAGACCGUCUUCGGCGGCCAGGGUUUCAAGGAGGGCACCGGCAAGGUGAAGCAUCUCGUCUGGGGUAACUUUGCCGACCCUUGCGGCGGCCAACCCGGCAGCUACAUGGUUCGCUCCCCGGCCAGUCUGGCUACGACGGGCUGCGGUGAUCUCAUCUACCAUACCGAGAACGCCGAGUGCUCUACGCAGCUGCGCAUGGAAGACACUUUCAUGGUCCAAUUCUGCUGUGGUUCUGGCGACUGCAAUGCCGCUGGAGUUCCCUGGGGCAAGCGUGAUGGCAGCUCCGGCUGGCAAAGCGGUGUUCUCAAGUUCGCCAACGGCACCAUCAUCGAGCCCCUUGCAAUUGGCUCACCCCCGAAGGACAACACUUUGAAGGCCACCGAGUCGCGCCACGAAGCCCGCUGCAGCGGCUUCAAGAAGGACUCCUACGCCGCCAACGGCGAACCCUACCUUACCACCUUCGACACCCAGAUCGUGUCUGGAUCCGUCCCUGCCGAGGAGGAGGACCGCACCAUCACCAUCACCUACGACCAGUCCGUCUCUCGCUCCACUACCUUCUCUGCCUCGCUCGGCGACCCCUGGGGUAUCGUCUCUGUCUCUGUUGGUUUCGAGUUCAGCGACUCAAACAGCAAGGGCUUCCAAACCGAGUUGACGGUCUACGCUGGAGAGACUGGCCGCGUUGGAUUCACUCCUGUGUACCACUGCACCAAGGGAACUCUGGAGACCUGCAAGGGCGAGCGUACGUCUGAGGGCGAGACCUGCACGCCUUGGAUCUUGAACGGCGUUGUUCAGGGUGACUACCGCGUCAUCCAGACAUAA